UUAAUUUAGCCCUCUUAAGAAAUAAAUUUGGAAAAAUAAAUAAAUAAAAUAAAACUAGUACCCAUCAUUCUGUUCUAGGUUCUUUGAUUUAUCAUCGAUUCUUUUUCUCUGUUCUUCUUCUUCUUCUGAUUCGCAUUUCCAUAAAACUGUUCGAUGAUGACGAUGAGCACGGCGUCUUCUCCCAAUCUUCCUCCGGGCACCGCGGCCAUGAAUAUGAUGAAGUCGUACAGAGGAAAGCUGCCCCUCUCGGUAGUCACCGUCGUGGUCUUCACAAUCGCCUUCAUUGCGCUCGUUUACACCGAGAGGCUGAGCCCACUUUCAGGCUCCGCCUCCAUCCUCAAGCUCCGGUCCUGUCCUUCUGCCAGAGCACCUGCCCCCAUCGAAGCUGUUGAUAGGGAUGGAGAAGACAGUCGGAACAAUUCAGAAGUGGAUGACCGGUUGGAGUUUGAUCCCGAGGAGUGCAGCAUCACGAGUGGGAAGUGGGUGUUCAAUCGUUCGCUCGAGCCCCUGUAUGCCGACAGUACUUGCCCGUACCUUGACAGGCAAGUCGCGUGCGUGGAAAACGGGCAGUUGGAUACGGACUACCGCCACUGGGAGUGGCAACCUGAUGACUGUGUUCUUCCCAAAUUUAAUCCUGAGAGAGCACUGAAGAAACUACGAGGUAAGAGGCUAAUGUUCGUGGGGGACUCGCUACAAAGAGGGCAGUGGCAAUCUUUCGUGUGUAUGGUGGAUACAGUCAUACCAUCGGGCAAGAAGUCCUUGAGAAGGGGGCGCGUCCACACCGUCUUCCGGGCUAUGGAGUACAACGCGACUGUAGAAUUCUAUUGGGCGCCAUUCCUGGUGGAGUCGAACUCGGAUAUCCACGUCAUAGCGGAUCCAAGGAAGAGAAUACUGAAGGUGGAUUCCGUGGUGAAGCAUGCCAGGCACUGGACCGGGGUGGACAUCCUCUUAUUCAACACCUACGUUUGGUGGAUGAGUGGGCUCCGGAUCAACUCACUAUGGGGAUCAUUUGCAAAUGGAGAAGAAGGGUACGAACCGUUGGACUUGCCCGUGGCCUACAGACUUGGAUUGAAGACAUGGGCCAACUGGGUCGACUCGAACAUCAAUCCCAACAGGACUCGGGUCUUCUUCACGACAAUGUCACCCACCCAUAUGAGGAGUGCGGAUUGGGGUCACAAGGACGGGAUCAAAUGCUUCAAUGAGACGAAGCCGGUGAUGAAGAAGAAUCACUGGGGAACCGGUUCAGAUAUGCGCGUAAUGAAUGUAGUCUCAACCGUGAUUGGGAAGAUGAAGGUCCCCGUCACAGUCCUCAACAUCACUCAGCUAUCCGAGUACAGAAUCGACGCCCACACAUCGGUUUACACGGAAACGGGCGGCCAAGUGUUAACCGAAGAGCAGAAGGCGGAUCCACUGCACCACGCGGACUGCAUCCACUGGUGCUUGCCGGGCAUCCCGGAUACGUGGAAUCAAAUAUUCUAUGCUCACUUGUAGCGAUGAGGAGGGCCAAGCCGAAAUGAGGAUGGUACCCGAAAAUUGCAAGUUUGAAUAGCUCAACGAUUGAUUUCCCGCUUUCAUCAACUUACGGUGGUAAAGUUGAUUUUAUGCAAUUUUGUAUUUUUAUUCUUGUAAGCAGCAAGAUAAUGGAAUUGCCAUUAAUUCAAAAAACUAGAACCGAUAUAAUCA